GAGGGGGAGACAAGCGAAAGCCGAAUUCGGCUGCUGAGUCCGAGUGUGUUAUUGUUCUCGCUGUUUGUAUCGGUAUUUGUAGUUUGUUGUGCGUUUUAUACUUUGGACAACUCUGCAAACCAUAUGAUACAAAGAAACCAAAGGCGAGGCUGAAGAUAUUUUAGCAGUGUCGUAACUUUAUGAUUUUAGACUUUCAGGAUGAACCAGCCUAAGAUAUCGUUUGGGGCCAUCAAGUUCUCUGCAAGUGCUUCCACCUCGUCUGAUCAGAAAGUCCAGAAAGAGGAAAAGGAGGAGAGUGGGUCCUUUGGGUCUUUUGGAUCCUUUGGGAAAAAACAACCCAAAGGCCAUAAAGGCCCCGUUGCAAUUGAAUCUGAAGCUGUUGAAGAUGAAGAACUGAAAAAUGUUGCAUCCACUAUGGGGUUUAGUGGAUUUGGAAAAAGUGCAAAGCAGUUUGACAUUAAUGAAUUGGUUCAAACUGCUAGGAAAACAGCUCAGGAACGAACUGCCUCUACAGCUGUUGAUACCAGCAUUAAAGGCCUGUCUAUAGCCGGAUCAUCGAAAGAUGCAAAUCCAACUGGUAAAGAUGCUGUCAAAACAAAAGAUGAAGCCACUGCCAAUGAUGGUGAAGAUGAUGAUGAUGAUGAUGAUGAUCUGAUUGGUCCACCGAUCCCCAAAGAUAUGUUGAGUGAGAGCAAUACAAAAUCUUCGGGAAAAGUGGCUGAGGCAGGGGAUGAGGAUCUCAGUGAUGAUGAACCAGAAAAACCUACGGACAAGAUUCCUCAAAGUCAUGAGGUUGCUUUAACACAUGGCUGUAAAGCAGUCAUCGCAUUAGGUGUUGAUCCGUCUGGUGCCCGACUUGCUUCUGGGUCAGUGGAUUACGAAGUCAGAUUCUGGGAUUUUGCUGGAAUGGAUUCAACUUUGCAGAGUUUCCGGACCCUCAUGCCUUGUGAGAAUCACCCAAUCAAAGCCUUGCAAUAUUCUUGCACUGGAGAUUCUCUUUUAGUUGUUUCAGGCACAGCUCAGGCCAAGGUCAUGGACAGAGAUGGUUUUGAGGUGGCUGAAUGUGUCAAAGGGGAUCAGUACAUUGCUGACAUGUCCAGAACUAAAGGCCAUAAUUCUGCCCUCAAUAGUGGUUGUUGGCAUCCUAAAGUUAAAAAUGAGUUUUUAACUUGUGCUCAAGAUAGCACAUGCCGCUUAUGGGAAAUUGAAAAACCCAAACAACACAAAGCAAUUAUGAAGCCCCGCAGUGCAAAUGGUAUAAAAACAGUCCCCACAACAUGUACUUAUAACCGAGAUGGCAAUCUAAUUGCCUGUGCCUGUCAAGAUGGGUCGAUACAAAUGUGGGAUCACCGUAGAGCAUUUGUGAAUACAACAAAGCUGUUGCGUGAUGCACAUCAGAAGGGAUCGGAGACAUCCUGCAUUGCAUUUUCAUAUUUAGGACAUUCCAUUGCCACUCGUGGCUGUGACAACACUCUUAAGCUUUGGGACCUGAGAAAUUUUAAAAAUCCACUUCAUGUAUUUGAAAAUUUGUAUUCCAGAUAUGAGAGCACUGAUUGUAUGUUUUCACCUGAUGAUGCUUUACUCCUUACUGGUGAAUCUGUAAUGAAAGGUGAAUCAAGUGGAAGAUUAUUAUUCUAUGAUACCAAAACCUUUGAAAAGUCUCAUGAAAUAGAAGUGUCAGAUUCGCAUGUCAUCAGAUCUGUUUGGCACCCUAAACUUAAUCAAAUAUUUGUUAGUUGUGGAAAUGGAAUUGUAAAGAUAUAUUAUGAUCAAGCAAAGAGUAUGCGGGGUGCCAAGCUAUGUGUCAUUAAAACAAGGAGGAAAGUCAAGCAGAUGGAAGCCAUGGUCACUCAGCAUAUCUUAACCCCUCACGCCCUGCCACUCUUCAGACAAGACCGAGCCAAAACCACCCGCAAAAUAAUGGAAAAAGCAAGACAAGAUCCAGUUAAAUCACACAGGCCUGAUCUCCCAAUCAAAUCUGGACAAGGAGGUCGUGUCGCUUCCUCUGGCAGCACAUUAAGCUCCUAUGUUAUUCGUAAUAUGGGUCUAAGCAAACGUGUUGAAGAUGAUCAAGAUCCAAGAGAAGCUAUUCUUAAAUACGCCAAGGACGCAGCAGAAAAUCCAUAUUGGAUAUCUCCAGCAUAUGCAAAAACACAACCGAAAACGAUUUUCCAAGGUACUGGAGAUGACAAUGAAGAAGAUGAGCCAUCAGCAAAGAAACCUAAAGUAUAAGUCUGUUGUCAGGCAAUGUACAAACAAUCAUGAUUCAGUGUUUUAUUUUUCAAUGCGGAUACUUUACAUCAUUUAAAUAAAUUCGUUGAUAUGCUGUAAAAUAAAUGUGGUAUGUACUGUACAA